UGGAAUCUGCGGCGGAGAAGGGAGGCGAGGAGAUGGAGAGUUGCGGUCGGAGCAGUCUGAGCGUCAUAGCUUCAAGGACGUUUCGUCUGCCGUCAAGUGGCCGUCUUUUUCCCUCCCUUAGCUUAACUCAUCUCAAGCGCAAGCUAUCUCUCUCCAUCACCUCGUUCUCUUCCAAGAUUCACUCUCCUCUGUGCGAGUCAGAUAAGGGAAAUCCUCUGCCGCGAGGGGCGGGAGAAGGAGUCAAGGAAGAUGCGAGGAGUAAGCUGCUUCAAGUAGUUUUGGUCUCUCCCCAGAUUCCUGGGAAUACAGGUUGCAUUGCAAGAACAUGUGCGGCCUCAGCUGUUGGGCUGCAUUUAGUUGGGCCAUUAGGUUUUCAAGUUGAUGACGCCAGAGUAAAGCGAGCUGGUUUGGAUUAUUGGCCCUUUGUGGUUGUCAGAGCGCAUAGCUCAUGGGCUGAGUUUCAAGAAUAUUUCAGGCAACAGGAGGGAGAAAAACGGAUGAUAGCUUUCACAAAAAGAGGAACAAGGAUACAUUCAGAUUUCUCUUACCGACCAGGCGAUUACCUCUUGUUCGGGUCAGAGACAUGCGGUCUACCUCCUGAAGCGCUGUCAGACUGCAAACACGAACCAUAUGGAGGGGGGACCCUACGUAUUCCGAUGGUAGAAACGUAUGUGAGAUGUCUGAAUCUUUCGGUGAGUGUAGGGAUUGCUCUGUAUGAAGCGUCCAGACAACUUAACUAUGAGCAAAUCGAGUGUGCACCUGAAGGUUGUGUGAAUGGUGAAGAACCAUUGUUGACAGAGGAUAUCUUUGCGUGAUAUAUUGGAUGAUAGCAAAAAGGAAGACGGAGAUGUAGAGGCAUAGCCAUUGGGGGUUGGUAAGCAUUGAUAUGCAGGCAACACGCGGAUUCCAAAGUUUUUAAAUUCCGAGAUUUAGAAUUAGAGCUUUUUUUAUUCCAGAAGUCCUUGCCUUAGCUUCCUAGCAACUAUUAUAGACCUUAGUACUAAAGUCAAGAGUCUGUACUUUAUACGAGGAAAUUGCUGCAAUCAGAAGCUCAGCUCGGUAAUCAAAACCACUUUGCCAGCCAA